UUAUGUAACAAAUUCUUUGAGCUGACAGUGUUUGUUCUAGAAAUUUUUAGUGCUGUUCAGUCUAACCCCGGAGAAACGGAGGAAUUAGAGCUGAGCGACCUUAAUCUGGAGACAAUAAACCCUACUCUUAUCUCUGAGUCAAUCACUUGUCUGAAAUCAGUAAACCUGAGUAAUGCGCUUCUGAGUGAUGAAGGAAAAGAAACUCUGUUUUUUGCUCUUUGUUCUUCCGAGUCCAACCUCACAGAAACUUUAGACUUAUCCUGCAUGAGUUUAUCCUGCCUGGAUCCGGUUUUAUUGAGUGAAGGAUUGCGUAAAAUACGCAGAAUACAUUUACGCAACUGCUGGUUAACCAUGCUUCAGAUAUGGGAAAUAUUGGAUAGUUUGUAUGAAUCCAGUAAUGAAGAACUCAACCUGUCUGGGAACGAUUGCUCCGAUAUCACCUCAUCCCAGCUUCUCGUCGCCUUAAACCAUCUCAGGGUCCUAAACCUAACUGCAGCCAAGGUUGAGACGGAUACAAUACUCCAGGUUAUGUCGGAGCCAAAACUUGUUCAGCGUGGAAGGAUUGUGUUCAGCAGUUCUGACUUCCCCUCCAAAAAUAUACAAUCAAGAUUAAACUCCGUGUCCUGGAUAGAGUUGAGAAGAGAGGAACUACCCUACUACCAGGACGAAACCAGCUGUGGAUACGUAGUUGGAGAAGAUGCUAUCCAAACCUAGAAUAAGAAUUUAGCAUUAACCUAGAA